GUUGCUCAAAGAAGAUGAUUCUGGUCAUUUUACUUUCUCCCAUGAGGAAGAUGUGUACUCCUUGAAGAUACAAGAUGUGACCCCCGAAGAUUCAGGGACAUACACUUGUAAAGCAAAGAAUGAUCUUGGAGAGGACAGCACAAGUGCAUCUCUCACUGUAAAAGCUGAAUUAAAGGAACAAGAAGUGACACCUGAAUUCAGUGAGAAACUUGAGGACAUCAAAGAUGUAGAACAGGGUAAAGCUGCCGAGUUCAGAGUGAAAGUCAAAGCCUUUCCUGAUGCUGAAAUUUCAUGGUGCAAAGAUGAUGUGUUGCUCAAAGAGGAUGAUUCUGGUCAUUUUACUUUCUCCCAUGAGGAAGAUGUGCACUCCUUGAAGAUACAAGAUGUG